AUGAGAGCCAUGCUUCUAACUUCACCGUCAUACUGCAGACCCCAACAAGCCCUUCAGCAACAACCUUCCACGUUGGAGUUUAUUUUAGGAGGCUCCCAUGUAUCGUUCAGUAGAGGGCAUAAUCUGGCGCGGCCUUGCUCACGGGUUCGAUUGCGUUCAGCUUCACGCAGCCUAGUGGUUAAGGCAGUUGCUACUCCAAAUUCAGCAGUCGAGUUGUCACUGACUGCGGAGAACGUUGAAAGUGUAUUGGAUGAAAUCCGACCAUAUCUGAUUUCUGAUGGGGGAAAUGUUGCAUUACAUGAAAUUGAAGGAAAUGUAGUGCGCUUGAAGCUACAGGGAGCAUGUGGCUCCUGUCCAAGCUCUGUUAUGACAAUGAAAAUGGGUAUUGAGCGUCGUUUAAUGGAAAAAAUCCCUGAAAUAGUUGCAGUGGAACCAAUAGCAGAUGGAGAAACAGGGCUUGAACUGAAUGAAGAAAAUAUAGAGAAGGUACUGGAAGAAAUUAGACCCUACUUAGUAGGGGCAGCAGGUGGAUCUCUUGAACUUGUAACAAUCGAGGAGCCUAUAGUGAAAGUCCGUAUCACAGGUCCAGCAGCCGGGGUAAUGACUGUAAGGGUUGCUGUCACACAGAAAUUGAGAGAGAAAAUCCCAUCAAUUGCAGCAGUUCAACUACUGUAA